UGGGUCUUAGCUUUUUUAUCUAAAAAUAGAUUAAUUCUGCAAUAGUUAGGCUUUUCAGAUCCAUCCGUUGGGGCAAGUUGUUGGUGACUGAGGAGGCUCAGGGGCGACGGUAGCACCAGCGGCAGCAGCCCUGUCUGUAAACUAGCGGCUGUAAGGACCGAUGCUUGGAAGUUGAAAAAGACUGUAACAAAGGCCAGUAGAAGACCGUGUGGACAUCAACAAGCAUGGAGUUCCCGCAACAGCAGAAGCCUGCGGGGGACGGAAAGAUCUUCUAUCCUCCUGGAGUGAAGGAGAUCACGGACAAAAUAAGCAACGAUGAGGUGGUCAAACGGUUGAAGAUGGUGGUAAAGACCUACAUGGACAUGGAUCAAGACUCUGAAGAGGAGAAGCAGCAGUAUCUGGGUCUGGCGCUCCACCUUGCCUCUGAGUUUUUCUUAAGGAACCCUAAUAAAGACGUUCGGCUGCUGGUGGCCUGCUGUCUGGCUGAUAUCUUCAGGAUAUACGCUCCUGAAGCUCCCUACACCUCCCACGACAAGCUGAAGGACAUUUUUCUGUUCAUCACCAGACAGCUAAAAGGACUAGAAGACACCAAGAGCCCUCAGUUCAACCGAUAUUUUUACCUGCUGGAGAAUCUUGCGUGGGUAAAAUCAUACAAUAUCUGCUUUGAACUGGAGGACUGCAACGAGAUUUUCAUCCAGCUCUUCAAAACGCUCUUCUCCGUUAUAAACAACAGCCACAACCAGAAGGUGCAGAUGCACAUGAUGGAUCUGAUGAGUUCUAUCAUCAUGGAGGGAGACGGAGUCACACAGGAGCUGCUGGAUACAAUCCUAAUAAAUCUCAUACCUGCACACAAGAAUCUGAACAAGCAAGCGUACGACCUCGCCAAGACUCUCCUGAAGAGAACGGUCCAAACCAUUGAGGCGUGCAUUGCAAACUUCUUCAAUCAGGUUUUAGUGAUGGGAAAGUCCUCGGUCAGUGACCUAUCAGAGCACGUCUUCGACCUCAUCCAGGAGCUGUUUGCCAUCGACCCCAUGCUGCUGACCUCCGUCAUGCCUCAGCUGGAGUUCAAGCUAAAGAGCAACGACGGAGAGGAGCGUCUGGCUGUUGUACGUUUGCUAGCGAAGUUAUUUGGAGCCAAAGACUCAGAGCUAGCAUCACAGAACAGACCGCUUUGGCAGUGCUUCUUAGGACGGUUCAACGACAUCCACGUACCGGUCAGAUUAGAGUGUGUAAAAUUCGCAAGCCACUGCCUUAUGAACCAUCCCGACCUGGCGAAAGACCUCACAGAAUAUUUGAAAGUGCGUUCUCACGACCCAGAGGAAGCCAUCAGACAUGAUGUCAUCGUCACCAUCAUCAAUGCUGGAAAGAAAGACCUGAACUUGGUCAAUGACCAGCUGUUGGGCUUCGUGCGGGAAAGGACGCUGGACAAGAGGUGGCGUGUGCGUAAAGAGGCCAUGAUGGGCCUGGCUCAGCUUUAUAAGAAAUACUGUCUGCAUCACGAGGCCGGAAAGGAGUCGGCCCAGAAGAUCAGCUGGAUCAAAGACAAACUGUUGCACAUCUACUAUCAGAACAGCAUUGAUGACAAGUUGUUGGUGGAGAAGAUUUUUGCGCAGUACAUGGUGCCUCACAGUCUUGACACAGAGGAGAAGAUGAAAUGCCUCUACUACCUUUAUUCCUGUCUGGACACUAACGCUGUAAAGGCUCUAAACGAAAUGUGGAAGUGUCAGAAUAUGCUCAGAAGUCUCGUAAAAGAGCUGCUCGACCUUCACAAGCUGCCAGUGUCGGAGGCCAAUAACACCGCGAUGCUCGGGAAGCUCAUGAGUAUCGCAAAGAAUCUGCCGGAUGCUGGAAAGGCUCAGGACUUCAUGAAGAAAUUUAAUCAGGUUCUGAGUGAGGAUGAGAAGCUCAGAAUCCAGUUGGAGGUGCUCAUCAGUCCAACAUGCUCCUGCAAGCAGGCGGAGAUCUGUGUGAGGGAGAUCACUCGGAAGCUGACGUUCCCCAAACAGCCGACCAAUCCAUUCCUAGAGAUGGUCAAGUUCCUGCUGGAGCGGAUCGCCCCGGUUCACAUCGACUCUGAAGCCAUCAGUGCUUUGGUAAAGCUGCUAAAUAAGUCCAUUGAGGGGACAGCUGAUGAUGAGGAGGAAGGCGUCACCCCGGACACAGCGAUCCGCUCUGGUCUUGAGCUGCUUAAGGUCCUGUCAUUCACACACCCCACAGCAUUCCAUUCAGCCGAGACCUACGAGUCUCUGCUCCAGUGUUUAAAGAUGGAGGACGACAAAGUGGCAGAAGCAGCCAUUCAGAUUUUCCGUAACACUGGCCAGAAGAUCGAGACGGAGUUGCAGCAGAUAAGAUCAACUCUGAUUCCCAUCCUGCAUCAGAAAGCCAAGCGGGGCACGCCUCACCAGGCCAAGCAGGCUGUCCACUGCAUUCAUGCCAUCUUCAACAACAAGGAAGUGCAACUGGCCCAGAUUUUUGAGCCUUUGUCUCGCAGUCUCAACGCAGAUGUUCCCGAGCAGCUCAUCACUCCGCUUGUGUCUCUGGGUCAUAUAUCCAUGCUGGCUCCAGAUCAGUUCGCCUCACCAAUGAAAUCCAUCGUGGCUAACUUCAUCGUCAAGGAUUUGCUGAUGAACGACAGGUCGGUAGGGAACAAGAACGGGAAGCUGUGGUCCGCAGAUGAGGAAGUCUCACCUGAAGUUUUAGCAAAGGUUCAGGCCAUCAAGCUCCUGGUACGCUGGUUACUAGGAAUGAAGAACAACCAAUCCAAAUCGGCCAACUCCACCCUCCGGCUGCUGUCGGCCAUGUUGGUUAGUGAGGGCGACCUCACGGAGCAGAAGAAGAUCAGUAAAUCGGACAUGUCCCGCCUGAGGCUGGCUGCCGGCUCGGCCAUCAUGAAGUUGGCUCAAGAGCCAUGUUACCAUGAAAUCAUCACACCUGAGCAGUUUCAGCUCUGUGGCCUUGUCAUCAAUGAUGAGUGCUACCAGGUCCGUCAGAUCUUUGCUCAGAAGUUGCACUUAGCUCUCGUCAAACUGCUGCUGCCCUUGGAGUACCUGGCCGUUUUCGCUCUGUGUGCCAAGGACCCGGUGAAGGAGCGCCGUGCCCACGCCCGACAGUGCCUGCUCAAAAACAUCUCCGUCCGCAGGGAAUACAUCAAACAGAACCCCCUCGCUCAGGAAAAACUGGUCUCUCUUCUUCCUGAGUACGUGGUUCCAUUUAUGAUCCACCUGUUGGCCCACGACCCUGAUUUCACAAAACCACAUGAAUAUGAACAACUCAAAGACAUCAAAGAGUGUCUGUGGUUCAUGUUGGAAGUCCUGAUGACCAAGAAUGAGAACAACAGUCACGCAUUUCUUAGGAAGAUGGUUGAGAACAUCAAACAAACAAAAGACGCUCAGUGUCCCGAAGAUGCAAAGGCCAAUGAGAAGCUUUAUAUUGUGUGCGAUGUGGCUCUCUUCGUCAUCGCCAACAAGAGCACCGCUUGUCACCUGGACUGUCAGAAAGAGCCUGUCCUUUCCUCAAAGUUCUUCCUCGUACAAGACAAGCAGGAGUUUAAAAACGACAAGGAGUACCUGACAGGAGAGAUGAGACAAAUGCUGCUAACUGGAAAGCCCAAACCAGCUCCUGUUUUGGCGACUGUCAACAAAACUCUGACCGUUCCGGGUCGGAGGAUCAUCCAGAAGACCACUACAGCGUCAGACAUGACCAGUAACACCAGCACCAACUCAUCUCCACUGGUCUCAGCUAACAACAAAAACAGCACCGACUUGUCAGAAAGUCGAGCACAGGAGAACAACGAGAACCCGGUCAUCAAGAAAGAAGAGACGAAGGACGAGCCGAGUCAGAAGCUAGUGACCGACGCUGGGAUAGAGGCGUCACCUGUGAGACGGCGCGGCCGUCCUACCAAAGCCGCAGCAGCCGCUGCUGCAGCAGCGCUGAAGGAAGCCGGAGCAAUACCAGCAGGAGGCGGAGGAGGCAAAGGCAGGAAGAGAGCGUCCGACACCACCACAGACUCCAUCAACGUCAAAAUGUCAAAGCAGUCGCAGCAGCAGAGUGACGAGGGGACAAAGAGACAGAUCGACUUGCAGAGGUAAAGAGGCGAAGAUGAAAUCCAGACUGUAGAGGACGGGCCUGAAUCGUCACACCUUCAACUCUACACAUAAGCUCCUUUGACUCUUACAGUUUUCUUGGAGAUAUUAUGGACCUUCGACAUAAACACAAUAUACAAGCACGCACGCACACACAUACACACCAUCAUACUAGGAGAUUUUAAACACCCUGUAGUCAUUGAUUUGAAGCUCUGUAUGUAGGUCUUAUUCAGAAACCUAUCCCCCCCCCCCCCCCCCCCCCCUUUUGUUUGUUGCUCUUCGCUUCUUUUUUGGAGCCAUUUUUAAGAAGAAAAAAUAAAACCAACUGGGAUGGACAUUUUACAAGCGUUUUGAUCUGAUAAUGAUUCUUGCUUAUUAAAUUCCCUGGGAAAACAACAACAAAAAAAACCCCAACAUCUUCUGCUGUUUGAGUCUUGAUGUCUUCCUCCUUCGUGUCUGGACUGCAGGGUUUCUUUUCAGCUCACCAGUUGAGUUUGUAAAUACACACAAAAGUAAAAAAAAAAAAAGAAAAGAACUUUGUAAAUGUGAGUUACUUUGCAGGAAUUUAAGGUGACAUUGAAUGCGUUGGACAGAUUUUAUAAACUGUUUAAGUGAUUGGCAUCAGAAGGGCGGAUUAAAAAGUUCUAGUUGCUUUUUGACGGCCUUCCUCUGGGGCAAGUUCGGUUUGCUGCCACAAUACUUCAGUCCAUCAGGGAUUUUGGUCUUUUUUUAAAAACAAACAAAAAAUCCACUUUUUGAAUACAUAAAUCAAUAUUAGACACAUAGAUUUGGAGUUUGGUUUUUUUCCUUAUGAUUUUCCCAACAAAUAACAUUUUUUUAACUCUUACGUUGGGCAAGUCCUACUUUCAAGCAUCAAGUAAACAGGAACCUUUUGUGUUGACUUAUUUUGGAUGUAGUUUAAAAAAAAAAUGCAUUUCAUUAUGUUCAACCUUUUUUUCAUAAAAAAUAAAUGCUUUUAGAUGUUUGGGUGCAGUAGAUUUUGUCUUGGAUCCCUGUUUUCAAGGUGCAAUUUCAAAAACACAGGCAAACUUCUUCUUUUUUUUCCCCACUUUUUUUUAAUCAAUAAAAACAUGACACCGUCACAAUAAAUAACCAUGCUUUUUAUGCUGCUGAUGCUUGCUUCCAAUAAAAAAAACAAGUCUAUUUAAAACGGAGAAACUGAAAUGCAACAGCCCCCCUUCUUUUUAACGCAUCGUCAUCGUGCAACAUUGUACAUGGUGAGAACAGCAGGAAGACGGGGUGGAUGGAGGAGGCGGCCGCUCGUCUCGUUUCUGCCCCUUUCUGACAAAAAUGUAGAUCUAGCAGACACUGGUGCGCUUUACAAGUCCGUCUAUUUACAGAUAAAGCAGACUGUACCUUCUGCCUGCCUCUGAACUUGUCUCACCGACAGCAGCAGAGAUUUUUGCACAAUAACUCAAAUUUUAAUACGCUGCUCCUCUGGAGGUCAAUUGAAAAGAAACCUUUAAAUAAGUGGCCUUGAUAAAAUGCAAACACUUUUCUGCCAAGCUUGUCAGUGUCGCUAAAAAGAACAAAGAGUUCUACAUUUAUAAAAUAAAAGGAAUUGUUUUUGUAUAGUAAAGCACAUUUGGGACAUAACCUAUAUUUAGAGCGUCUAAAGCGUUCAUACCACUUUUAAUAUUUUCAGAUUUCAAACACUUCUGAAAUGGAAGGGAGACAAUUGUUUUUAAUCUUUCUGCAGACAAAAAUCUUUCAAGCUAUUGCAUACUUUAAAGCACCUGCCUAGAGGCACACAUCUGGAGGAGCUACAGCUCAGGUGGAAGAAUUUAUUCACAGGACAACUGUUAAGUUACUGUAGUUAAACCACACAGAGAAAACAGCAGAUAUGCGAACACUGCGCCGCACCCGGGCGAAAAUGGUAAAAUAUGGGGCUGAUUAUUUAGACUAGAAGAUGGAUGAAGCUCAGUGCAGGACAGGCAUGGGAAAUACUUGACUGAAAAGGAUAAUAGACCUAAACACCCAGUCCAGAUCUAAAUUAAAUUAAAAUCUGUGAAAAAACUUCAAAUUAUGUUUAGACUCUACAAACAAGACUUCUGCAAAGAGUAAUGGAGGGAGUAAAUGCUACAGUGGGAUUGCUCAAGUAUUCGAGAGCUACUGCUGUGCAAUUUUCCUGUCUCCUUCCUUUUCGCUGCUGUAGUUAUAAAUAUUUGUUCUCCAAAGCACUGACUGUGACUAAAUGCAGAAAUGCAAAAGCCAAACUUAUCUGAUUUAAACAAGUUUUUCUUCCACUUCAGUCAUGCUCUACUUGUUCGUUAAAUAAAACACAAUGAAGUUUGUUGCUUUACAGUAAAUGACAAAUUGGAUAUUAAUACUUUUUUGUUGCAAGGCAGUGUACAUAUGGUCAACAUUAGGGUUGAGUGGCUCAGAAAUAAAAUAACAUCCCCUCAAAAAUCAACUAUACAAUACAUUUUUAAUCUGGUUGCAACAGGCGACCACUGCAGCUUUACAAACCUAAAUCAAUCUCGACAUUCAUGCCCAACGGUUGCUCGCCUGCUCUGGGAAAAACAAAAAACGGUUCGAAGAGCAGGAAGAACGAAGCUCAAAUUGGCUUUACUUUGUGGUUUUUGUGACUUUUUUUUUUUUAAAGGAAAUGUUCAAAUGAACUAACUCCCACUAAACAAUUUGGCCAACUGUAGUAAAAGGCAAAAGAACAUGCAAGAAUAAAAGACUAGAAAAAUAUUUGAUUGUGGCAUAGCAGAGGAGCUGGCGUGUUAUGACUUGCACAGAUCGGGAUUUUGGAGGGUAUAACCUCUUUAAAAAAAUAAUAAAAAGAGACAUUUUGUGGGACUUCUCAUGGAUCAUAAAUGCACGAAAAGUCCAACUGGAAAGUAGGCAUAGUUCAUAUUUAGAAUAACUAGUUUUACAAUGUAAGAAAAAAAAAGUAUCCCCAAUAUAGAUUUAAAUUUACACACAUUAUUUACAGCUAACUCUUGUUUCUUGUGCAUGUGUGCAAAUGGUGGAGGAUAUGGAUGUGCUGGGCUUUUCCUAGUUGAAUGUACAAAAUACAUCGACCAAACUCCUGCAGUGGAUCGGAACAUCAAACGGCUCAGGAAAAACCCGGCACACCACCCAAUGCUCAGCACUAUCCAAGUCAAGUAUUUUAUAUCCAGCUUUCAGCAUUGAGAGUCUGUAGGAGAGAAUAUGAUGCAAAGUCCAACUCCCUACUAAAUAAACAUGUGGUAGGUAGAAAACAGCGUGUGUGGCUCCCCUCAUGUUUUACCCUGCAGAAAUUUGACAGACAACUGUGUGAGCAAAAUAAAAGUGCAAAUGGUGAAAAUGGGCAAAGUAAAUGUUUCUUUUGGGGGAGAAAUGGAAACAAAAUGAGGGGCUGAAUUUGUUGGGGCUUAUAAACAUAUUUAAGAGGAAAUAAAAGGGAAAUCCUUGAUGUGAUGGACAGGCAACAAAGCGGUGAACAUAUUGGCAACUGUGAUGCUACUGGCGUUUGUAGCAAACCUCUAAUAAAAGAAGCUUCAGCCUGAUGUGCUGAAUGUGACAGGGUUUGUGUCUGCUUAGCAAAAUGUGAUGUUGGCAUGGCGCCCAGAGGAGCUGAGGUGCUCUGAUGAUGGGAGUUUUUAUUUCUAUUAUUUU